GGAGGCAGAAGAGGAAUCUUUGUCUGUCUGUGUCCAUGUCUCAGCUCUGCUCUUGGCUUCAUUUCCACAAAGGCCGUCAACGUCCCGCCUGCUCCUCUACCUCUGGAUUUAAGUCGGCUGGAUUACCGCUUGGACUGUCAGCUCAUUAUUCCAUGCAGCCACGUUUAAAUGGAGGGCAAAGUUGGACCUCAGUGGAUUGCACAAAUGGUGACAAACUGUGUGAUUUUUCUUGCGCUUUUAAGACAUUCCUAGCAGUCAUAAUGCUUUCAAUUGUCUUUUGUAAAAGUGUUUUUAUAUGUAAAAUAUUUUGAGCUCCUCCUAUUUGGUAUUGUCUAUUUAAAAUAGGUUAGUUAUUUUGCAGUAUACUAUUUUAAACUUGGCUAUUGAGGUGCACUUUGAUGAGAAAGAUGAGUGGGGAAGAGGGGUAGAACUAUUUUCAUUUCAAAAGUCAGUCAUUCUAACAGUGGACUUUAUUAUUUUUAAGAGGGAAAAUGUGACUGUUGCAUUUUUCAUGUGUUUUGUUAGUCAGAUUUUUAUUUUUGUGGUUUAUUUUUUGAGUGGAGCCUUUAUGUUAGGCUGCAGGUGAACUUGAACCUUUUCCAGUUCUUCUCUCUCCAAGGAAACGCUCAAACUAAACUAUUCCCUUAACCCACUUAGACGCCCAAACUCCCCUGUGGGGGCUCCUCUAAAACCCCCAUCCUACUUUAGUUUUGUUGAGGAAAGCAAAAGCCACAGCAUCUGAGGGGGGUACUAGGAAAGAAGACACCCCCCUCCCAAAGGUGAGAGGGGGGGAAAAUGGCAGCUCUCGCCAGCUCUCUCAUUAGACAGAAACGGGCAGUCAAAGACAAACAAACCAACCGACCGGUAGCCAGCAAGCGCAAGCCCUGCCCUAAGAGCAACAAGUCCUUGUGCCAGAAACAGAUCCUGGUCUUGAUCUCCAAAGUACGACUAUGUGGGGGUCGAAAAUGGCGAAAUGACAAAAGACCAGAGCCACAGCUGAAGGGCAUUAUUACCAGGUUAUACAGCCAACAUGGAUACUACCUGCAGAUGCAGCCUGAUGGCACCAUAGACAGCACAAGGGAUGAAAACAGCUCAUUUACACAGUUCAACGUAAUUCCAGUGGGACUGCGGAUUGUGGCAAUCCAGGGGGCAAAGACGGGGUUCUACCUUGCAAUGAAUAGUGAAGGAUAUCUCUAUACCUCAGAGCACUUCACGUCGGAGUGUAGGUUUAAGGAGAGUGUGUUUGAGAACUACUAUGUUACAUACUCCUCCAUGCUCUAUCGCCAGACCCAGUCUGGCCGCUCCUGGUAUAUCGGUAUCAGUCGUGACGGCCAGGUCAUGAAGGGCAACCGGGUAAAAAAGACCAAAGGAGCCGCACACUUCCUGCCCAAAGUUAUAGAGGUUGCAAUGUAUAAGGAGCCAUCAUUACAUGAGCUCGCCAGUGAACCAAUGAGUCCUCCUAGGAAGAAUGUGAAAACAUCAGAUUCACCAUCCCUAAAGAAUGGAUGGAAAGAAGCUCCCAAGGUUGAUGCCUCAUAGCACAGGAGACUGAGGGUGGGACAAAGGCAGGAAGUAACACUGGGAACAUCAUCACUGAUUAUGCACUGUGGCUGUGGGGAUUGUCCUCACUGGCCACCAUGUUCCAGAUGUGUACUACAAGAUGCUGAGGGAUAAAGGGUCAGCAGUCCAUCAGCAGCCAUGGAGGCCUAAGAGAGGAGUCCCCCCCUCACCUGUCACCACAGAAAGAAAUCCCAGGAACCAGAAGCAGAACUACUACCACCUCCCACUACCACCGUUUGUCUCUCUCUGCACCCGGUGAUUUCCUAAUGCACAGUCUUCUUCAUUUCUAUGCCAUACAUGAAGCUUCUUCAUGCCAAUGACAAUUUCAUCAUUAUUACAAGCCUACCCACCGACUGCUCUACUGUGGUAUAUAUUCACCACUCUCACAUUUCCAGUGCUGACUUGGCAUCAUAAUCCUCACCCAUGGGCCCCCUCUUGAGCACUACAGUUGGUUAGAGGGUGGCUCAGCCAGCUUUUGACCCACCAUCUGCAGACCAGCUAAGCUACUCAGCAAGGUCAACUAAAGCUCCAAGUGAAUCAAAACUGGAAAGAUAUCUGCAGGAACCUGGGUCAGGUCAGGUCAGCAGAGCAAGAUGAGAUGAAAUGCAUGGACAAAAUUAAAGAGUAGUUUAUGAAGCCAUUGUUUUUUUUUUUUUAAUCUUCUGAUAAUAAUUGCGAUUAAUGGCAGCCCAAAUGGAAGUACAUAGGAACAUGGAAAGUCUGCCUGUAAGAUAUGAGAAUAAUGGAAGGUAAUAGAAACAUUGGAUCAAAAUGAUUGUCAAAAAGUUGUCUGAAUGAAAGAGUGAGUAACAUCCUCCUUCCAGCCUUUCUUCUCUACCAGGUUACCAGAUAUAAUUGCACUAGUUCAUUAAAGACUAUUAAAUACAGAACAGAUCUGAGGUCAGUCAGCUGAUAAAUGUACUGUAUUGUAUACUUCACUCAGCAUAAAGCCAGAGGAACCUCUGAGCUGGAGCACUUGUUAUUCUGAGGAUGUCUGGCAGCUUAUUCACUUAUUAGCUUUAUUAAAUCACAUUGGAAGAGUCGCCUUAAAAAUGUCAUUUUUGAGUGAAUGGCUUGGUGUCAUCGUGUUUUAACCACUCUGUGUAGAUAUCUUCGGGAGUAUGGAUGCACUCUAAGAUUCUGCAUGUGAAUGAGUGCCCAUACAGAGGUUAGAUAGCAAUACUACAGGUAACCUCUACCAUGUCCAUAUGGCAGGACACAGCACCAUGUCUUUGAUAUGUCUGAGUCUGUGAACAGGUGAUACUUAGUGGGUCAGCCCUUGUGUACCCUUUUUACUGACUUAAGAGAGGCUGAGAACAUUUAAAACAGCAGAGAAGAGAGUCUCUGAGUAACAGCUAAUGCUUUGAUUUGCACUGGGUUUUUUCAAUCAGGGAGAAAAAAUAUGCAAUGAUGUGACAGAAGCUGAGGCUUCUACAUGGGAGCUAUCAGGUUAUUUCACUGCUGUCUGUUCUCAGGUGCUGACCGCUCUGGUAAGCCACUGAGUUAAAAAAAAACAACGUGUCACCGCAAUGUUCAGUCAGUGUGCAUCACUGUGCAAGUGAAUGUGCAUGGAUAACACACACAAACACAGACAGCAAGCAAAAAGUCCUUCCCUUGCUAUGUCAGGAAGAGAUGUAAAAGGCACAUUGUUAAAAUGCCAAUGACAAGUUCAGUGCACUGGGGAGGGUAUAUAUUUUUGAUGGUAACACAAUGUGAAGACAGGAUACAGAAUGUGAAACGGAGGCUUUAUGAAAGUGCUGUACUGAGGGCGACAAUAAGUCUGAUAUUGUGUUGGAGUGAAAAGAGGUCAGCAGUUAUUUUGAAAGAGUGAAGGAUUAGCAGGUGGCUUCUCAAGGAGUGUUGAUAAGGAAUUUCAACAAUAAAGUAAGCAAGUUUCUUGGCAGGCUUUUAUGCAGCAUGAAUAUGAUAAUGAAUGUAAGACAAAUAAGUAUAUACAGUGAGGCACUGUUGGCUAUUUAUGACAGGGGGUCUAUGGAGGAAAUUAGUUGGAAGGCUUAGUAUUUCUUCCAUCAAAUCUUUAAAUUUUCGGAGCUUUUCCAGAGGGAAUGUCAUUCAGUCCAAAUUUGAAUUUUGUCUGUGCAGCAGAUUUUGUAUUGUAGACCUACAAAUCUCUGUUUUUGAUGAGCUAAUGCUUCCUCUCCCUGGUGACUCUGGAACAGUCUAGUAUGGUUUUCUAACUCUGCACAAUUAACUACUGUAUGGUAUUGUAUUCUGAGCACAGGAGGUACUAUACAGGGUGUGUGUGCGGUGCUUGUUCUCAUGGUGUUAUGUUGUUUGUUCUCCAUUAGUGCUGAAACAUUGAAAUUUCCUAAUUGAGGGAUCAAUAAAGUACCUACCUACCUACCAUACAGUGCUACAGGCUUAUUUUAGCUGCCAGCACCCAUGUAGUUUCAACAUCUGUGUAGUCCAUCUUCAUUCCAGUUCACAUUCAAAGUUGAUUGUAAAUCUGUUCUAUAAGAGGACAGUCCUUCGAAGUGAAAAGCAGUGACUCCGGUGACAGCAAGGGAAUCCUGUAUGCCGAAAUGAUACAUAAAUGCACUUUUCCUCUUUGCCUAUAUAGCAAGGCUGCAACAAAUAAUACGUUCAUUGCUGAUUAAUCUGUCAAUUACUUCCUCAAUUAUAUCAAAACAAAUUUUUGUCUAAAAUGGUGAAACAGCAUCUUAUAAUUCCCCAAAGGUCAAAGAGGUUUCCUCUUUACCCAACUAACACUCCAAAGCCCAGAGAUAUUCAGUUUUCACCACAUUCCUUAAUAUGGCUAAUUGUUGCAUUGAUACUUUACAGUGCAGGGCAAAUACAAUGCAAGUAAACUUGUAGAAUUGACACCAACCAUGACAAAAAUGUCAGUUUGUCACUUUAUUAUACUAAAUAUGAAAUGCAGACAGGAACGGAACUUGUUAAGUAGUCUGAUGUGGAAAGUGACAUGAAGAACAAAGUAGGUCAAGGUUUUCACAAUGAAUGUAAAGGAUCUUGAGAGGUUGAAAGAAAAGUUAGUACAAUGAAGGCAACAGAAAGCAGUUGUGAAUUGAAACUUGAUAUGCCUUUGAUUUUAAAACAGGAGAAAAUGGCAGAGUAGAAGAGAUAUUAUGAGGAUUAUUGUUAUUGUAGUCUGAAGUCAGGAAGUGUUGUGUUUUGCCAUUGAGAAUGCAUUAAUGGAAGUCAGAUCUUACAGAGCAAACGGUGAGGCAGUAACAUGGAAAAGAAAAAGACUAAUUAGUUUGUGUACCCUCGCUUCAGAGGUUUAAAGUCAUAAUCCUUUUCCUACACAUCUUUUUAACCACAUCCUACAGCAACUACAGCCCAUUAACUUUCUUUCAACACUAUGUUGUCUGUGUGGGUGUAUACUUACAGUGUGUGUAUAAUGUCUGUAUGUGUGUGUAGCUACAGUAUGAUUAAGAGUGAGGGCAGACAAGACAGAGAGCCAAGGAGAAAAAGACAGGGCAUGAGACUGAAACUGUGAUCGAUAGAUCCAAUAAAACACAAACAAGAGAACAUUCACUCUGUGAUGGGUGCAAAAAUUUCCCCAAGGUCUCUCUGAGAGGGGGACAUCUAUUUGUUUAUAAUGAACUUGGAAGGCUGUUUGUUAUUUGAUUUCUACCUGUAAACUCAACAAAGAAGGCAGCUGGAAGGAUGAGUUUUCCUCAUUUCCUCUUGGCCUCUACAUCACACCUAACAAAGAGUUUUCUCUUGUUUGAAUCUAUGUGAGUGUCAGCAGUCAUACUGUCCUUUAAGAUAUGUACAGAUACAAUACCUGUUAAAGGUAACACAGGUGCAUAACAUAAACCACCUCCCCUAAAGACCCCUAAAGAGUAAAAAAAAAAAUGAAUAUGAAUAUGAAUCUUUUUUUGGCAACUGAAUUAUCCAAGCCAUCAAAAAUAAACUAUAAAUCAGUCCUUAAAUUAUAGUACAAAAUAAAUGCAUACCAUGCUCACUAGAGCAUGACACUUCAACAUGAUUGAGCCUUGCCUACAAUGCUGCAUUUUUCUAAUUAAAUACACUUUCAUUUUAAAAGGUACAACCCAGAAGCCAUUUCUUUUGUGUUUGUUGAGUAUUUCUGCUCCUGCAUCUCAUGUUUCUCCUGUUUAAGUGACAGGCUAGUUUGAGGAAUGCUACAAAAGUGAAGAAUGUAAAAUGUUCCCCUUGAUAUCUAUACAGCAUGACGGUGUGGGUCCAUGCAACAAAACCCAUUUGGAUGGAAGAAAUGUGCGUAACGUUUCCACUUUACUUACAUACAAGUAGUGUCUAAUGUAUUUUGUCAGGUCUGUUUAUUGUCUUUCAGUUGUUCCUUGUUUUCCUUUCAAAUGCAAACUCCUCAGAAGCAAAAUACAGAAUAGCUGUCUCUCUCAAAAUGUUCCUUUGUAUCUGGCAUGUUUUUGUCUUUGGUCAGCACUGUUGUUUUCACAACUGAAUUUCACCCAAACUGAAUUCCACUAUGCGUGGUGUGUGUUUGCUAAACAUGCAACGUAUUCAUGUGGAAAUGGCAGAACAACAACUCCUAAAGGCAACGUGUGUCCUGGCAAACCCAGUAAUGGCCUUGGUUGUCUCAAGGAUUAUGGUUACUCAAGUCUUCCAGGAAGUACCCACAACCUCUCUCUCCUGCUCUUUUGGACUCACUAUUCUGUCAAGCCAAUUUUCCUGUCUUCCGAAAAACUGACAAUAAAAACGAUUUAAAAGAACAAAAAAAAAAAAGCCAUAAAUAAAAUGGGCCUUGGCACUGAGGGAGAAGGCCUGAAUCCUCAGGCAGUGUUACCAGGGAUUUAGACACAUGUUGGACUCCUUACAGUAGGAGCCAAAGGAAGCAGGAUAAGCGUAACGCUUUUUUUGGACUACUCUGGGAAGCAGACAAGUGGGAAAGAAGAGGAGCAGUAUGCAUUGAAACCUACCAGCCUGCACUCGAGAAGGGAAAACAAAAAAAACUAGAGUGAGAAUUUGCAGGCUACAUAGGCAAUAAUAGCAGCUUACUGUCUAGGCUGGCAUGGGAUUUUUUUUGCAAAGCAUGCAUUUGUUACUGUUCAUUGGCUUAUUGGGGGCAAGUCCCUCUCUGUAUUAAAGACACAAGCCCUCAAUUCAUCCUCUCUCUGUGUUUGCCAUCUGAGCUGUGUACGUUUCUACAAUAACUCCUACAUGAAUUGAAAGGAG